AUGCCCACCACCGUCACCGCGCCUGUCCGCGCCCUGCGCGGCGUCGCCGUGCUCUCGCCCUGGCUCGCCCACCUGCUGGCCGUUGAUCUGCUGCUGUCGCUGAUGCUGCCGCUCAAGCCGCUUGCCCCCACCGUCGUCUACAAUGUCUCGUCUAUCCUCGCCAAUUCCGUCUGGUCGUGGAUCCAGCGCAUCUUCACGCGCCUCAACCGCGCCGACAUCGUCCUGAGCACCAACUGCCCCGCCGGCCUGCCCCGCGGCGAGUCGGCUGUCGUCAUCGCCAACCACGUCGCCUGGUCCGACUUCUACAUGAUCCAGGAAGCCGCCCGCCACGCCGGCAUGCUGGGCCGCUGCCGCUGGUUUGCGAAACGCAGUCUGCGCUGGGUGCCGUUCCUGGGCUGGGGCUUGUGGGCCAUGGGCAUGCCCUUGGUCAGUCGCAGCUGGGCCACCGACCGCGCCGAGUUAGAGAGGGUCUUUCGAGGCAUUGUGUCCAACCGCUGGCCCGUCUGGCUCAUCUCCUACAGCGAAGGCACACGCUUCACACCCGCUCGUCACGCCGCCGCCGUCUCGUACCGCGCCGCCGGCAACAAACCGCCACCACCCUCGCCUUAUCUGCUCGUCCCGCGGCCCCGCGGCUUCGCCGCAACCGUCACCGCCUUGCGUCGCGGAAGCGUGGAAAGCAGCGGCAUCGCCGCCAACAGCCACGUCCGUGCCGUCCUUGAUGUCACCAUCGCCUACGCCCACGGCAGCAAAUUCAUGCAAGCUCCCCCGUUUUGGGAGACCAUUGCGAAUGGUAAUUUGUCGAGGGGUCCGAGUGGGUACAGGUUCUAUGCACACGUCAACCGGUGGGACAUGGACCAGUUGCCCGAGGGAGAGGAGGCAUUGGCAGAGUGGUUGGAGGAACGGUGGAAGGACAAGGGGAAGAGGUUGGAGGAGUUGAAGACCAUGUUGGACCGAGGGGAGGAGUGGGUAGGCGAUGAAAAUGUUGAUGCUGCUGCUGCUGUGGACAGAAAGAAGGAUGAGUGA